AUGAGAGGCAAGCGCUCGAAGCAGUAUCGGAAGCUCAUGGAGCAAUUCUCCAUGGCUUUUGGCUUCCGCGAGCCAUAUCAGGUUCUAGUUGAUGCCGAGAUGGUGCAGGACUCGUGCAAAUUCAAGAUGGAACUCGAGCCUGCGCUGCAGCGGACAGUCCACGGAAAAGUCAAGCCCAUGAUCACACAAUGCGAGAUCAGAAAACUCUACGCGAAGAAGAACGAGCCUGGAGUCAGCGAAGCCAUAGAGGUGGCCAAGACGUGCGAAAGGCGGCGCUGCGGCCAUCACCCCGACGAAUACCCCGAGCCGCUCAGCACGCUGGAGUGCAUGCAGUCCGUCGUGGACCCCAAGGAUCAGGGCGAGAACAAGCACAGAUACGUGGUGGCCAGCCAGAGCCAGGAGGUGCGGCGCAUGCUGCGAAUUGUCCGCGGCGUGCCCCUCAUCUACAUCAAGCGCAGCGUCAUGAUCCUCGAGCCCAUGUCGGAUGAGAGCGCAGCGACCAGAGCUCGAGAGGAGAAGAGCAAGUUCAGAGCCGAGAUCAAGGCGACGUUGGGCAAGAGGAAACGAGAAGAGAAAGAUGAUAACGACAAAGAGGACGAGAAAGACUUGGGGCAAGCCAAGGCGGAGGAAAAGGCCAAGAAGAAGAAGAAGCAACGGGGUCCCAAGGGCCCGAAUCCGCUGUCGAUGAAAAAGGCGAAGAAGCCCCAAGCGACGACCGCAGGGACGGCCGGCGCGCCGCCGAGACCGAGCAAGCAACCCGAGAAUGCGCGGCCGGAGGACGAGGCCAGGACAGAUGCGCCGGCGAAGCGGAAGAGGCGGAGAAAGAACAAAGCGAGUGGCGCGGGCGACGGCGCCGACGGCGCUACUGGUGCCGACGCGGCAGACGACGGUUCGGCCGACUGA